AUGGGAGGAUGUUUGAUUCAGGAGGGACACCCAGUAAUUUACGCUUCACGAUCACUCACGGAUGCUGAGAGAAACUACGCCCAGAUCGAAAAGGAACUGUUGGCAAUCGUCUUCACGUGCGAGCGAUUUCACCAGUUUAUCUACGGGAAUGACAUAAUCGUGCACAGCGAUCACAAGCCACUCGAGGCGAUAAUGGCUAAACCAUUAUCUCAAGCACCCUGUCGCAUUCAACGCCUACUUAUCAGAUUACAGAAAUACAACAUCACGGUACGCUUUGUACCCGAAAAAGAAAUGUUUAUUGCGGAUACGCUGUCAAGGGCAUUUCUGAUUGAAGACACGGACGAACAACAGGAUCUCAAUGAGGACAUUGAAAUCCCGGCGACAACUGACAGGCUCUUAGAGCUAAAACACGCAUCCGAAAAUGACGUGACCCUACAAGAGUUACGAAAACAACUAAUUAAGGGAUGGCCCAGCCACAAGAGAGAGGUCAAACCAAUCAUUGCACCUUACUGGACAAUUAGAGACGAACUUAGUGAGGCUGAAGGCCUACUUUUUAAGGGAAAUCAACUAAUUAUUCCUACAUCUAUGAGGGAAACGAUGUUAAACCUCAUUCACGAAAGCCAUCUCGGCAUAGAAAAAUGCAAAGCGCGUGCCAGAGCUAUUAUUUAUUGGCCUGGUAUGUCGCGUGACAUCUACGAAAAAGUCAGCAAAUGUAAAGUCUGCAUGGAACACCAGCAUAAGAACAUCAAAGAGCCAAUGCUACCACAUGAACGACCGGAACGACCCUGGCAAAAAGUUGGAUCUGACCUAAUGGAACUUAAGGGAAAGGACUAUUUAGUUGUAGUUGAUUACUACUCUAAAUUUAUUGAAGUUUGUCUAUUGCGUGACAAGACAGCCGCUACAGCAAAAUCACACAUGAAAUCGAUAUUUGCAAGGCACGGAAUUCCUGAAGAACUCGUGGCAGACAACGUGCCAUACAACUCAAAGGAAUUUAAGGAUUUCGCCAAAGACUGGAACUUCAAACUUACAACAUGUAGUCCCCGAUUUCCACAGUCCAAUGGACGCAGCGAGAAGGCUGUACAGAUAAUAAAGCGCAUCCUGAAGAAAUCUGACGAUCCGUACAUUGCACUACUGGAGUAUCGCAACACCCCAGUAACAGGAAUGAGCUACUCUCCUGCUCAACUUCUUAUGAGCCGCACUACACGAUCUAAGCUUCCUGUCAACAAGGAAUUACUAGUUCCUAGUGUCCCUACUGGCGUUAGGGAAGAGCUAAAGGCAUGUCAAGACAAACAAGCCAAAUAUUACUUCAAUAGAGGUGCAAAACCACUAGCACCCCUUACACCUAACGAGGGAGUGAGAGUCUAUGACAAGAAGAAAUGGAUACCAGCAACUGUCAAACAAGAAGCUGGAACUCCUCGCUCAUACAUCAUACAGACAGAGACAGGUCAGGGGCUAAGACGAAAUCGACGACACCUUCUUAAGACCAACGAACAAGCUCCCGAAGUAAAACCACCAGAACCAGAGCAGCCUGACUCUCCUACGGAACAACCAACGGCACCCAAAGAACAACCCGAACUUCGCCGAUCAAAUAGAUCUCGCAACGCACCUACUAGAUAUGGAUACGACGAAUAG